CGCUUGCAGCUGAAGGCGAGGUCAGUGCAGGUGGAGGGUUAAUCGCCGCUGCUGCUGCGCAAAUCUUUCCGCCCGGAGCUAUUUCAUUCUAGCAAGGAAACAAUACUGCAACUGCCAACAUGCCUAAAUGCCCCAAGUGCAGCAAGGAAGUGUACUUUGCCGAGAGAGUGUCAUCUCUGGGUAAGGACUGGCACAGACCCUGUCUGAAAUGUGAGAAAUGCAAUAAAACCCUGUCUGCAGGCUCCCAUGCAGAGCAUGAGGGAAAGCCGUACUGUAACAAACCAUGUUACUCUGCACUCUUCGGACCCAAAGGGUUUGGACGUGGAGGCACCGAGAGCCACACAUUCAAUUAAAUCCAGACUCAGGUUUCCUCCCUCUACAAACCAGCAGGGGAAACUAGGACACCAUGCUGCAAGCCUUUUUAUCUAUAUAUAGCUCAACCAAAGAAGAAAGUGACCAAAUCAUGGCCCUCUGGCUAUGGACAUACUAUUUUUUGUUAUGAGCAAUGAGGGAUGAUUUCUGAGAUCUAGAUUAAGCCUGAAUUUAGGCUAAAAUGUUUUUUCACGGAUUAAUCUCCAUCAUUAUAUUUUAGUUCAAAACCAGCCUUAAUGCAGUGUCAGAAAUUAAGCCCAGUAGGUUUUAGUUUGGAGAAUGUAAUGUAGUUUGAUAUACAUAAAACCAUGGAAUGAUGUUUGGGAUAGUUCUGAAGCACUAUACAAAAUCAUUUUUGUAAUUAAACAUUGAGUUGUAAACAUUCA